AUGGCGGACGUCGCAACCCCCUCUGCUGCAACCAUGUUUGACGGCGGUGCUACGACCGACAAGAAGAAGAUCGAAAAGCCAGAGAAGCCCGACGAGACUGCCUACAAGGCCCAGCUUGAGAAAGCCCAGAAGGAACAUGCUGAUAUUAUGACAAAGCUUGGUGCCGUUAGAGCCAAGUUGGACUUGACAAAACCUGCCGCCAAAGAUUCGCCUUCCGCAAAGGCACGUGCCGACCUCCUGGCUCAAUUGAAGGAGAUUAGGGAGCAGCAGGGAGCUGGAAAGGCAGGCAGAGGACAGACUAUGGACAAAAUCAGGAAGCUGGAUGAGAGCGUGAAGACUGAUUUGGCUGCAUUAAAGACUGCGCGUAGCCGGGUUGCAUACAAGGGUCUCGACGAUGUCGAUCGUGAAAUCGACCGAUUGGACAAACAAGUCAACAGCGGAAUGAUGAAGUUGGUCGACGAAAAGAAGGCUCUGACUGAAAUCUCCAAUCUUCGAAAACAGCGCAAGUCAUUUGCUGGAUUUGACGAUAUUCAAAAGUCAAUUGACCUCAAGAAGGCUGAAAUCAAGAAACUCCGGGACACUCUUGACGACCCAGAAUCGAAGGCCCUCAGUGACAAGUACAACAAGCUCCAGGAUCAGCUCAACGCCAUCAAAGCCGAGCAAGAUGAGGCUUUCAAGGGCAUUUCCUCCCUGCGAGACGAACGCACAAAGCUUCAAAAUGAGCAACAAGAAAAGUAUGCGGCGCUAAAGACUCUCAAGGACGGCUACUACGCUCAAACACGUGCUGUGCAGAAAUAUGAAUAUGAAGCACGUCAAAGACUCCGCGAGCGAAGAAAGCUAGAGCAAGAGAGCUACGUGAAGGAGAAGAAGAAGGAGCGCGCUCAACAAAUGCUUGCCGAGGCCAGUGAGAAGGCAUACUUAGAUGAGAUCCGUCGUGCUGAGAGCCUUCUCCGCUUCUUCGAUCCAUCAUAUGUUACAGAGAAGGCACCACUCCAGGCCAAGUCUGAAUUUGAGGCUCAGGCGCAAAGAAAGGUUGACGACUCUGGCAUCAAGGGCAUGAAGGUUGUUAAAAAGGAGGAGGAAGAUUACUUUGCCGGCGCCGGGAAAUCUGGCAAGAAAGGAAAGAAGAACAAGAAGAAUGCUGCGCCUGCCGAGUCACCUGCUACUCCAACCUCCUUCAACUGCCCCCCAGCAGUGAUGGAAGACUGCUCAUCAAUGGGUAUUGAACCUCCUAUGAGCGCCGCCGAAGCCGCCGAAGUGCUGGAGAAGGUCAAGGAGAAGCUAGCGCACUGGAAGGCCAGCCAAGAAAGCCAGACUCAAAAAAACAUUGCCAAGGCCAAGAAGGAACUCGAGCGCCUUGAAGCUGAAGAAUCUGCCCCUGAAACACCAACCACCGCUAACGGCACCAAUGGCAACGCCGCCGCUGAGGGCGAAGAUUCCAUCGCGAACGAAACCGAGCUGAUCAAGAACGCUGCCUCGGACAUCGUCGCUGAUCUCAAGGGAGCUUCUCUUGAGGACAAAGAAUAA